CGCAAGAAAUAACCAUAAUAAAAAUAGAAUGAAUGAAAUCACAAGCCACAAUAACCAACAGAAAGGUAACAGCAGACUCGUACUAUGAAUCACGACGCGGCCGACACGCUGACACCAAAACACAGGCUCAUCGGGGACAAGCUCGUUACAGACUAAAACGCAAUGGAGGACAUUGAAGACCUGGUUAAAGAUGACGGGGAAGUUCUGGUUCCCCGUAAUCGCAAUGCUGUAAUGCCAAGAGUGCGUCGGCGGAAAGGAGUGCUAACAAAUAAGGAGAAUGAUGAAUAUGAAGGAGAGUGUGACAGCUUUAUCCCAGGAACACAAAAAGUAUACCUCAAGACCUGGGGAUGUGCACACAACAGCUCAGAUAGCGAGUACAUGGCAGGACAACUGGCUGCAUAUGGAUUCAAGAUCAUUGAGGAUAAGCAGUCUGCGGAUGUCUGGGUUCUAAACAGUUGUACUGUUAAGAGCCCGGCCGAGGACCAUUUUCGUAAUGAGAUAAAAGCUGGAAGAGAAGCUGGGAAGAAAGUGGUUGUGGCCGGCUGUGUUCCUCAAGGUGCCCCGCAGUCAGAAUUCCUUCAAGGGCUAAGUGUUGUCGGUGUUCAGCAGAUUGAUCGUGUUGUUGAAGUGGUGGAAGAAACUCUUAAAGGAAACUCUGUACGGCUGAUGGGUCAGAAGAAAGAACAUGGGAAGAAGCAAGGGGGAGCUUCUCUUCUUUUGCCGAAAGUGAGAAGAAAUCCUCUCAUUGAAAUCAUAUCCAUCAACACAGGAUGCCUUAAUCAGUGCACUUACUGCAAGACCAAGCAUGCUCGGGGACAGCUUGGAUCUUACCCAAUUGAGGAGAUUGUUGCUCGAGCCAAACAGUCCUUUACCGAAGGUGUGUGCGAGAUAUGGCUCACGUCCGAAGACACAGGGGCGUAUGGGAGAGACAUUGGCGUUACACUCCCAGAUCUAUUGUGGAAGCUUGUUGAGGUUAUACCCGAAGGCUGCAGGCUAAGAUUAGGCAUGACAAACCCACCUUACAUCUUAGACCAUUUAGAGGAAAUUGCCAAGAUUAUGCAACAUCCUCGAGUCUAUGCCUUCUUGCACGUUCCAGUCCAGGCUGCAAGUAAUGGUGUCCUGGCUGACAUGAAGAGAGAAUACACUGUGGAGGAGUUUUGCAGAGUGGUAGAUUUUUUGAAGGAAAAAGUCCCAGGUAUCACAGUAGCAACAGACAUAAUCUGUGGCUUUCCUACACAGAGAAAGAUUUCGCAGGAAACUAUAGAACUGUGUAGACGUUAUAAGUUCCCAUCCUUAUUCAUCAAUCAGUUUUAUCCACGGCCAGGAACUCCAGCGGCCAAGAUGCAGAGAAUACCUACAAAAGAGGUGAAAAAUCGCUCAAGACAGCUGACAGAGUUAUUCCAGUCGUAUAGACCAUAUGAUCAUAAAUUGGGAGAAAAGCAGACUGUCCUAGUGACGGAAGAAGCUCAUGAUAAGGAACACUGGGUUGGACACAAUAAGUUUUACGAGCAGGUACUAGUGCCCAAACACAGUGACUUCAUGGGUAAAAUGGUUGAAGUUGAGAUCAUUGAAACUGGCAAACACUACAUGAAGGGGCGGCCUUGUGAAGCAUCGAAACCUGUAUCUCCAGCCAUAUCGGAACCUCUACCAAAGGGCAAGGUGUCGGGUUUAAUUGAAAAUGCAAAAGACACCCUCGACAGUACCCAGAGGAAUCAGCUGAAGGAAGAUCUUGCUAAGCAGGAGAGAUAUAUCAUACUGAGCUUUGUACUUCUUAUUUCAGCACUUCUAGUCAAACUUGCAUGGGUGUGUUUCAAAAUGUUAAAGGAUGUUUCUAUGUGAUAAAGUUUUAUACAUUUGAA